AUGUCUCUGCUACCUUCACUUCAAAAUCAAAUCCUUUCAUUCUCUCCGCUGUAUCUUCUCUCCGAAAGGUAGGGGGAUGGGGGUUGGGGUGAGGAUGGAGCCUAUAUACAUGUUCAGAGGCGAAAUCGAGAUGGAGAAGGAGAGGAGGCAGGUGUUCCUGAGGAGUUACCAGUUCUCGAGGAAGGUGAGCGUCUCCGAUCGAAUCAGGAGAUCGUUGUUUCGAGCGAAGAGAGUGAUGUGGGGAAGGCUGAGGAAGACCGUCGUAUGGUUCAACUUCAUCAGGCUCAGAAGGAGGAAGCUCGCCUUCUUCCAUAACUGCGGCGGUUACUAUUAUUCUAAAGGACUGCUUUCUACUUCUCAAUCUUCUUCUAAUUGCUUCUGUUAGAAUUAUAACCCUCGCUUCUUCUUCUUCUUCUUCUUCUUCUUCUUCUUCAAUAAUUGAUUGAUGUUUGUAGGAUUUGGAUUUCCAUUGUGGAUGUGGUUUCCUUUACUUUGCGAGUUGAAUUAACGAUCACUACCACUUCCGUACAGAGAAGGAAUGAUGCUUAACCUAUCACUAGCUAAUUAUUUUGACUGCUGUA